CUCUGUUUCCAACAUCUGCACAGGUUUGUCCCAUAUGUUUGGAGAAAGCCAAGAGGUGCCUUCAACUCGCAAUGUCUGUUGCCAGCUGUUGAACACGAUGGCAUCUGCGAACUUGUUCAGGUCUCGAAAGACACUCAUUAUCCCUUAUGGCCUGAAAAGUUGGCUUGGAUGUGUGUGUCGGGCAGUACUUUUGGAAGAACCCGGAAACAUUACUGACUUUAUCUUUGAUUACUGCACAGGACUUAUGAACUUCAGGAGCCAAAAUCCUUGCAUGGACAUCAAAGAUCUUACACACCUGUAUCAGAAGAACAGGGGUGAUUUGCGAGAAUUCACGGUGAUAUCACCCAAGCCCAGCACUGGAAAGAUUCCAUCUGAAGAAUUAACUUUAACAGAAGUGGUUCCUGAUAAGACAGAUAUGGACAGAAUUCCUUCACCAGGAGAACCACCCAAGAUCUCACCCACUGCUGUAGAUAUUCCACAAGAAAGACUGGCAGAAGACAUGGAUCAGAUUAGCUCUGUAGGAGUUAAGAUCAGCGAAGAAGUUUCUUUUGGAGAAAAAGUCAUAGUAGCAGAUCAUACAGAGCUCCCUGCUGUGAUCAUCACUCAAGAAGAAGUUGAAGAUAUUUCAAAAGAAGCACCACAGAGAAUCAUGUUUCUAAAAAUAUCCCCCAGCCUAGAGAAGGCUGAAGGAAUGUCAGAAGAAGCACCACAGAAAUUCACAUCUCCAAAAACAUCUCCCAGUGUAGAAGAGGCUGAAAGAAUUUCGGUAGAAGCACCACAAAGAAUCACAUCUCCCAAAACAUCUCCUAGCCUAGAGAAGGCUGAAGGAAUGUCAGAAGAAGCACCACAGGAAUUCACAUCUCCAAAAACAUCUCCCAGUGUAGAAGAGGCUGAAAGAAUUUCGGUAGAAGCACCACAAAGAGUCAAAUCUCCCAAAACAUCUCCUAGUCUAGAGGAGGCUGAAGGAGUAUCAGAAGAAGCAUCCCAGAGAAUCACAUCUCCCAAAAUAUCUCCUAGUCUAAAGGAGGCUAAAGGAAUUUCAGAAGAAACAUCGUGGAGAAUCCCAUCUCCAGAAACAUCUCCAAGUCUAAAAGAGGCUGAAGGAAUGUUAGAAGAAGCACCACAGAGAAUCCCAUCUCCAAAAAAAUAUCCCAGACUCGAAGAAGCUGAAGAAACAUUAGAAGCACCAGAGAAAGUCACAUCUCCAAAAAUGAUUCCCUGUCUAGAGGAGGCUGAGGAAAUGUUAGAGGAAGAACCACAGAGAAUUGAAUCUCCAAGAGUAUCUUUGAGUCUAGAGGAGGUUGAAGGAAUUUCAAAAGAAGUGCCACAGAAAAUCAUAUCUCCCAAAAUAUCUCCCAGUCUACAGAAGGGUGAAGAAAUUUCAGAAGCACCACAGACAAUCACAUCUCCAAAAACAUCUCCCAGUAUAGAGGAAGCUGACAGAAUUCCAGAACUAGCACCACCGAGAAUCACAUCUCCAAAAGCAUUGCCAAGUGUAGAGGAAGUUGAAGGAAUAUCAGAAGAAAGACCACAGAGAAUCCCAUCUCCCAGAACAUCUCCUAGUCUAGAGGAGGCUGAAGGAGUAUCAGAACAAACACCAGAGAGAAUCACAUCUCCAAGAGGAUCUCCCGGUGUAGAAGAAGCAGAAAGAAUUUCAAUAGAAGCACCACAGAGAAUCACAUCUCCAAAAGCAUCUCCUAGUCUCGAGGCAGUUGAAGGAAUGUCAGAAGCACCACAGAGAAUUCCAUCUCCCAAAACAUCUCCUAGUAUAGAGGAGGCUGAAGGGGUACCAGAACAAGCAGCACAAAGAAUCACAUCUCCAAGAGCAUCUCCCAGUGUAGAAGAGGCUGAAAGAAUUUCAGUAGAAGUACCACAAAAAAUCACAUCUCCAAGUCUAGAAGAAGCUGAAACACCACAGAGAAUUACAUCUCCAAAAACAUCUCCCACUUUGGAGGAGGCUGAAGAAAUUUCUGAAGAAGCACCACAGAGAAUCACAUCUCCAAAAACAUCUCCAAGUCUAGAGGAAGCUGAAGAAAUUUCAGAAGAAACACCACAAAAACUCACAUCUCCAAAAGAAUCUUCCAGUCUAGAGGAAGAUGAAGAAAUUUCAGAAGAAGCACAACAGAGAAUUGCAUCUCCGACUUUAGAGGAAGCUGAAGAAUUUUCAGAAGAAGUACCAUGGAAAAUCAUAUCUCCAAAAACAUCUCCCAGUGUAGAAGAGGCUGAAAAAAUUUCAGUAGAAGUACAACAGAGAAUCACAUCUCCAGAAACAUCUCCAAGUCGAAAAGAGGCUGAAGGAAUGUUAGAAGAAGCACCACAGGAAUUCACAUUUCCAAGUCUAGAGGAAGCUGAAACACCACAGAGAAUCACAUCUCCAAAAACAUCUCCCACUUUAGAGGAGGCUAAAGAAAUUUCUGAAGAGGCACCACAGAGAAUCACAUCUCCAAAAACAUCUCCAAGUCUAGAGGAAGCUGAAGAAAUUUCAGAAGAAACACGGCAGAGAAUCACAUCUCCAAGAGCAUUUCCUACUUUAGAGGAGGCUGAAAGAAUUUCAGAAGAAGCACCACAGAGAAUCACAUCUCCAAAAGCAUCUCCCAGUCUAGAGGAAGCUGAAGAAAUUUCAGAAGAAACACCACAGAGAAUCACAUCUCCAAGAACAUCUCCCACUUUAGAGGAGGCUAAAGAAACUUCAGAAGCACCACAGAAAAUCACAUCUCCAAAAACGUAUCCAAGUCUAGAGGAAGCUGAAGAAAUUUCAGAAGAAACACCACAGAGAAUCACAUCUCCAAGAACAUCUCCCACUUUAGAGGAGGCUAAAGAAAUUUCGGAAGAAGCACCACAAAAAAUCACAUCUCCAAAAACAUCUCCCAGUCUAGAGGAAGCUGAAGAAAUUUCAGAAGAAACAAAACAGAGAAUCACAUCUCCAAGAGCAUCUCCAACUUUAGAGGAAGCUGAAGAAUUUCCAGAAGAAGCACCAUGGAAAAUCAUAUCUCCAAAAACAUCUCCCAGUGUAGAAGAGGCAGAAAGAAUUUCAGUAGAAGUACCACAGAGAAUCACAUCUCCAAGUCUAGAGGAAGCUGAAAUACCCCAGAAAAUCACAUCUCCAAAAGCAUCUCCCUCUGUAGAGGAGGCUGAGGAAAUUUCUGAAGAAGCACCACAGAAAAUCACAUCUCCAAAAACAUCUCCAAGUCUAGAGGAAGCUGAAACACCCCAGAGAAUCACAUCUCCAAAAGCAUCUCCCUCUGUAGAGGAGGCUGAGGAAAUUUCUGAAGAAGCACCACAGAAAAUCACAUCUCCAAAAACAUCUCCAAGUCUAGAGGAAGCUGAAACACCCCAGAGAAUCACAUCUCCAAAAGCAUCUCCCUCUGUAGAGGAGGCCGAGGAAAUUUCUGAAGAAGCACCACAGAAAAUCACAUCUUUAAAAACAUCUCCAAGUCCAGAGGAAGCUGAAACACCACAAAGAAUCACAUCUCCAAGAGUAUCUCCCAGUAUAGAAGAGGCUGAAAGAAUUUCAGAAGUACCACAGAGAAUCACAUCUCCAAAAGCAUCUCCCACUGUGGAGGAUGCUGAAAGAAUUUCAGAAGAAGCACCACGGGAAAUCAUAUAUCCUGUAAUAUCUUCAAAGCCACCAACUGAAUCAGCCACAUUUCAGGAAACCAAGGAGUUGUCUCCCAGGUCCAGCAUGAACAAGAUUCCAUCCGAAGAAUUAAUUCCAGAGGAAGUGGUUUCUGAUAAGACAGAAGUCUAUGGAGAACAAUCCGAGUUGUCUCCCAUUACUGUAGAUGUUCAACAUGAAAGAAUAUCAGAAGCUGCUGAUCAGAUACAUUCUGUGGAGGUCAUGAUUAGUGAAGAACCUUCUUUUGAAGAAACAGUUGUUGGAAAACUUCCAGUGAUCUCUGUUAUGAUUUCCACUCAAGAGGCUGAAGUGUCAGAAGAAGUGCCACAGAGAAUCCCAUCUCCAAAAGCAUCUCCUAGUCUAAAGGAGGCUGAAGGAAUAUUAGAAAAGGCACCACAGAGAAUCCCAUCUCCAAAAACAUUCAUUCUAGAUAAGGCUGAAGAAAUUUCAGAAGAAACGCCACAGAAAAUCACAUCUCCAGAAACAUCUCCAAGUCUAAAGGAGGCUGAAGGAAUGUUAGAAGAAGCACUACAGAAAUUCACAUCUCCAAGAACACCUCCCAGUAUAGAAGAAGGUGAGGGAAUUUCAGAAGAAGCACUACAGAAAAUCACGUCUCCAAGAACAUCUCUUACUCUAGAGGAAGCCAAAGGACUAUCAGAAGAAGCACCACUAAGAAUCACAUCUCCAAAAGCAUCUCCUAGUGUAAAGGAGGCCGAAGAAAUAUCAGAAGAAAUUUCACAGAGAAUCCCAUCUCCAAAAGCAGCUCUGAAAGCACCUUUUGAAAAAGAUGAAUUCCAGGAACCUAAGGAUGUGUCACCCAAGCCCAGCAUGGACGAGAUUCCUUCUGAAGAAAUAAUUCCUGCAGAAGUAGUUUCUGAAGAAGCACAACUUCAUAAGGAAGCUUCAUUGGAAGAAAAGCUGUAUUCAGCACAUGCUUUUAAAGACUUUGUGCAGACAUGCUUGAAGAAAGUGGCUGAUGCAAUCAGACAUACAAGAACUCAUGUCAGUGAUAAAGAUUAUUCAGAAAGUGCAGAUGGGGAAGAGGAACCCAGAAAGCUCUCCAGCAGAAUUCCAAGUCAAGAGCGAGCUGAGGGAAGGGAAGAAGAAACCCCGGAGGAAAUUGUGCCUACAAUUGCUCCUGAGCCGUCUGUUACAUCAGCUACAGGUGAUUUUCAGCAGUCUCAGGAUGUUUCUUUAAGGUCCAGCGCAGUCGAGCUUUCUUCUGCUGCUAAGGACAGUUCUGCAGCUUUAUCAGGUGUGGUUGCAGAAGAGGAGGGUGUAGAAAAGGAAGUAGAAACAACAGAGAAAGCUACAUCUCCUGCUGUCUCUCCAAAACCAUCAUUUGCUCCAGCUAAACAAGACGAAACACCUGAGAAGAUUAGCUUCCUGAGGGGCAGUAUCAGUGAGAGAGCACCUUCCAAAUCAGCAGAGGUGAAGUCAACUGUCAGAGUGUCUCCUAUACAGACCACCAGGAUUUCCCGUCAAGUGGAGGUUGUCAGUUCUCCCAGUUUUUCUCCAGAUAUAUCACCUGUGUCAGGAAUGGAACAGACACGUGUUACUCGUGUUAUUCCCAGUGGAGCUAGACAGCUGACCCGUCCUGAGAGUGUUCCUCAAAGCCCUCCCAAUCGAGUCUGGACCCUCUAUCAUCUCGCACAUGUGACUGAUGAGGGAACUUUGUCCACCCAAGUUUUAUACCAACCUCCUUUUAAUGGUAGUGCUUACAUUCGAACCUUUGGGCCUGGUCACGUCUUGCUAGCAAAGAGAUCUUCACAGCUUCUUACACCUUCAAUGGAGCCAGUAAGAGGAUGUCUCAGUCCAGGAGGUGGCUUUAGAUCAACGCCUUCACAGUCAGCUUCCACAGACCCAUCUCAUCAGGAGAGGAGCAUUCCAAACUACUUUCUUUCACUAGAGGACAGAAAGUAG